UUGUGCUGCUUAUAUAGCCCUCCCACCCGUCCUGGUCACUGGAAGCCCUCCCGGAGCAGGAUCGACGUCCGGAGGCAUCAAUUACGGGAGACAUGCCGUGAUUGGUAGUUAAAUAAGAGGCGUUUUCCAGCGAUUGUGGAAAUCCGGAGCUCCAAUCAAUUUCUUUUCGUCUCACCUGGAAAGUGAACGAUACUUUCCAUUUCAAAGCCAAGCAAAGGAGCGAGGAUCCGUUUGUCUCUUUGGUCUUUGCUCCGCCUUUCUCUCCUCACCAGACCACUUGGGGUCUUUUGCAACCACCACGCCUCACCCCUAUCCUGUUCUUGAUCUCUUCCUUUUUCAACCUUUUAAAGACGGCAUCCUGGAGGGAAUGCCGCUCCUACUGACAGCUUCCAAGUGCAUCUGAGAAAACCAGGCAAAAAGAGGGACCCUGGACGGAGGGAAAAAAGGAGAAAUGAGCCCUUUUCGGCAGGGAAUAUUAGUAUUGCUCUUAUUCCUGGAGUAUUCAGAGGCCAAAAAGCAAUGCUGGUACUUUGAAGGGGUGUUUCCUACAUAUUAUAUAUGUCGAUCCUAUGAAGAUUGUUGUGGUUCAAGAUGUUGCGUGAGAAGUCUGUCGAUCCAGCGACUAUGGUAUUUCUGGUUCCUUUUGAUGAUGGGAGUUCUACUUUGCUGUGGAGCUGGUUUCUUUAUCCGAAGACGGAUGUAUCCUUCACCACUGGUUGAUGAAACAACUUAUAAUGUGUCAUUCACUCGACCACUUAAUUCCAAUACACCAGGAGUCCAGCAGCCAGGAAUGGCCUAUUAUACAGAUCCAGAAGGAAUUAUGAUCAAUCCUACGGCUAUGAGUUACCAUGUCCAACCUAAGUCUCCACAAAUGAACCAAGUUUAUCCCCCUCCACCUUCUUAUUGCAACACUCCACCCCCAUCAUAUGAGCAGGCUGUGAAAUGUUCCACAUAAUCUCUUUAUUGAAACCAGCAGGACCUUGGUCAGUAAGGAGAUGAAUCAUGAGUUGAGCUGAAGACUUCUCAGAACUCUACCACCCUUUGCUGUUGUUUCAACCAGAAUAAUUUGGGCAACAGUCAUGGAUUUGCAGCACAGAACAAAUUAAGUUUUGACAUAUACAAAAGGAGAAACUUUUUUGUGUGCUUCACUUCCAAAACCUGUAUUUAAAUUUCCUUUGCUGACCUUUUUAAUUUAUUUUCUUUGUGAUUUGGAUGUAGUACAACAUGUUAAAGGGAAAGAAUGGUAGCAAGCACAAAACAAUUUAAAACUCUAGGAAGAUAUUGUAGCAUUUUAUAGAUGAAAAGAGAAAAAAUAUGAUGAUGGACUGAAGGCAGUUGAAUUAGUUGAAGCAGAUGAACUUGUUAAUAAAGUUUAGACAAAUAAAAAGUUGAUAAAGUAAACUUGGAGGAAUUGUAAUACAAUAUGUGGAAAACCUUUCAUGUCAGAAUAAAAUCCUUUUGUUUCACUAGCACAAACAUUGGAGCAAAGAAUAUUACAAAAUCUAUGUUACCAUUAUUGAAUAUGAGCUGCCAAAAAUAUGAAAAUGCAUUAUUCUUUUGGGAGUGCAGAUAUCAUAGCAAAUUGCUGAUUUGGGAUGGAAUGGAAAAUGGUAUUGAGAGUCAAUAGUAAUUUGCCAAGAUAGCGUAAUACAAAAAUUAAUGUCUAAAAAAUACUGAUUUUGUAAAGAGAAAGUUUGGAGUUUUUAUAUUGAUUCAAGAGACUAUAUGUUAAAAAUCAGAGUUUUUUACAACUGUGUUUUGGCAUAUGCUGUUUUUAUAGGUAUUCCUUAAUAAUUGAAUGUGAGAGGUGCAUCUGAAAGCAGGAAAACUCAGUAAGGUAUUUUGGUUGGUUAUAAUGAUCUGAUUACAAACUUGGGCUUGCUUUUAUGUAUGAGAAUAGAUUGUUAGUACUUCCAUUUUGUUUUCAGUUGUUUUCUUCCUUCCUUCCUUCCUUCCUUCCUUCCUUCCUUCCUUCCUUCCUUCCUUCCUUCCUUCCUUCCUUCCUUCCUUGAUAUUGGAGACUUAUUUCCACAUGACUUUUUCCUGGGGAAUUUUACAUGGUGAGUUAUUUAUUCAGAGUGAAAAUCGUACUAAAAUUGGGAUUUGCCAGGUACUGAGAAGUGAUUGCAGAUUCUCCAGGAUGUGAUAAAUGCAUCAUGUAAAAAUCCACAGAUAUAAAUCUCACCCAUCAAAAGUAUGAGACUCAGUUUCCAUAGAUUUUUCUCAUUAGAAAUAUCCUGCAUUUGGCUCCUGACAGCCCAGGUUCAAGACCUGAGUGCUGUGCGACUAGUGAGUUCCUGUUAUUUGUCCCAGCUCCUGCCCACUUAGCAGUUCGAAAACAUCCAAAUGCAAGUAGAAAAUAGAUAACAGUUUGGUGGGAAUGUACUAGUGUUCCAGGUCCUUCGGCAUAUAGUCAUGUUGGCCACAUGAUCAGAGAAAAUGUUUUCAGACAGUGCUGGUCUCCUUGGCUGAGUACUGUCCCCUAAAGUCAGACAUGACUGGACAGGGGAAAUCUUUACCUUUACUGGCAUUAGAAAUAUUUAGGAGCUCAGCUCCUAGAUCUAGUUUCCACUAAAGAAUAAAUGAAAUUUUCUUAAGGUUACUAGUUUGUAUGUGGACAGUUUUUCUUUUAGCUAGGUUUCUGCAGCUAAACUGGGAAAGGUAGGCAAUUGUAAAUUCUUUCCUUUAAUCUAUACAUGAUGGACAGCAGAGUGAUAUUCAAAUGAAGGGAGAAGAAAUGAUGCAAUGAAUGCUUACAUGAAUGGAUAGUGUAUCCAUCAAUUCAUUUA